CUCAAGCUUCGGUAAUUUAGUUUUGAAAAGAACACCUCUGAUUUGUUUGAGUAGAUUAUUGAUGAGAUAAGGAAAAGUACUUAAAAUAUCGACUGGUUUGAAGUUGAAUGAUGCUGCUCCUUUAUUAUACUUGAUACUAUUGACUACUAAACUAAGCUGAUUCGCUGAAUUGAGGCUGAAGAAAAGUGAAAAAGUGGUAACGUUUGUUUAAAUUUUAAUUUAGUAACGCCUUAUAAAAGAUCAUUUUAUUAAGGCUUAAGAUUAGAAUAAAAAUAGAUAAAUAUUGUUAAUUAAGAUUUGUUAUUAAGAUUAAUUUUUUGGUAGGCCUAAUUGUUGAUAUGAUAUGGUGAUAAACCACUGGUGAGUCCUGACUGACUGUCCUGUUCCAUGGCCCCCAUGGACUUGGACAGGAUUUGAUGCUGGUCUUGCCUUGCCCUUUUUACUUAACCUAGCAGACUAGUCCAAAUUCAGUUAGUUAGUAACUCACUGCUAAAGUUAAAGAGUUAAAGUUUAAAGUAAACUAAUUAUUUCCUUCUAAAUUAGUAGGCGUAUGCCUAUGCCUAUGCUAUAUAUAAAUAUAAAUAAGCAUGCCCAAUUUAUACUACUAAUACUAAUAGUUAGUUAUAAACUUCUACUCUACAAUCUAUAGUAUAGACUAUAGAAGUUAUUAGGAUAGCCUGAAAUCAUGUUAAGAAAUCUCCCCAUUAGAGGCUAUACUAUUGUUUAAUUAGACUAGUCUCACUUAAACCUCAACAAAAAGAAAACUUGAAAAACAUGCCUGCUACUGCUAAUACUAAAUACUAAUUAGAAUCCUGAUGUCUGCUGGUAUUGGUAUAACUUAUAGGAAAAAAAAUGUGUUUUUGUGAUCCACUACUAAAUCAGUAAAUACAAAUAUAAUGAAUAUAUUUGUAUUUUCUUAUUAAUUUCAUUUCAGGUGAAAUGUUAAUCCAUUGUGAGUGAAAUGAUGCUCUGACAAUAAUGUCAAAAGGAGGAAGAUUCUCCCGUCUUAUCCCUAAGUUCUUGCGAGGUGAAGUUAAAGUUAAAGGUGUUAGCAGCUCAACAGAACACAAAGGCCCAGCUUGUUUAAUAAUCUUCUUAGAUGACUCUGAGCAGAGGGCUACGUACAAGGUAACAUUAAAUAAGUAGAAGCAGAAGUGCAUAGGACUGGAAUGAUGGGGCAGUGUGUCCAUUUUUUCAUAUCCUUUUGCAUGAUAGUAAUUAAUAUUUUAAAUUAAGCAUUAGCAUCCUUAAUUUAGAUAUUUUACACAUUUGUUUUAUCUGUUGAAGGCUUUUAACCGCAAAGUUAAGUUUUUUGUUUUAUCAUAGAUAAAGCUACACACUACUUAUUUGCACACACAAUUUGUGUCUUAAUCUAUUUCAAAGCAGCAUCCUGAUUACCAAAUAUUUUAGUAAAUUGUUAAGUACUUUCAAUUUUUCCUUUCAAUGAAAUUUCAAUUGUAUAUUUUUUCCUUUAAACAAUAUUACAAUUCUAAGUGAUCAAUUGCAUCUUAAAGUUAAACAGGAUAUAUUUGUGUGAUUGGAAAGUGAACUUGACAUGGUUAACAAAUUAAAACACUGCAAUUUUAAAACAUAAUGAAUAUUGUUUUAACAGCAAAUUUCUUAUUAAAACUUACAUUAAAAAGUUAUAAUUCUUAUUCACUGGUUUACACUUUAGGCUAACUGGAAGGGUCAAACUCUAUUUGAUGUUGCUUGUCAAAUGAUUAACCUUCUUGAAAAAGACUACUUUGGACUUAGAUUUGUUGAUGACUCUGGCCAAACAGUAAGUUUACUACAGAUUGAAUAAGCAUGUUUUUUUUUUCAAAAGAAUAUGAAUAUUGAAAAUAGAUUACUACCUGUAUUAUAGCUUGAUUAACCCAAAAACUGUGGUCGGCCGAUAUUCUUGUUCUGUACUGUGGGGGCCGAAAAAAUUGUUGAUUAAAAACACGAUCCGAUAUCAGCUUCCAAUCCAAUAAUUAACGGGAAUCAUAAUCACUUCCUUUUAUUAAUAAUUAAGUCAACUUCCAGGUCAAGCUGUUUCUUGAUAACUUAACAAUAUGUAUUUUUAAUUGGAAUUUUAUAUCGCUGUUUUUUUUAAAAGCUAAAAUGGAUGAUGCUAUGGUGGGGCCGUCAGUGUGAGAACUAAUAGAAAUAUUUUUGAAAGCUUUUUAGGAGAGGAUUUAAGUGAUACUGAUGAUGAUUUUAUCAUUCCCUAUGACAACUCAGUUCAGAUUCUUCUUCUUGUGAAUCUGAUACUACUCAAUACUAGUCUUAGUGAUACUGAAGUAGGCCUACUGUUAGACUUCGAGCCAAGCCCGGAGGUUGGGCAAGGACUAACUGAAUUUUAGUUACAGAAGCUACAGAUCAUAGAUCAGAACCAAGAAAUUUUAUAGUUAAACAACUAAAAUCAGUUCCACAGUUCCUUUUUAAAUGUUUACUAGCCAAUAAUAACUAUUUUGCCUAAGAUUUUGUAUGUUGUACUUGGUUUUAGCUGUGGUCCUAGUUUCUUUUUUUUUCAGUAAUAAAUAUCCUAAAAUUACUAAAAUUGAUUUCACAGGUUUAAUUGUAAUCAAAACCUUAGCACACUAAACAAUUUCUGAAGAUAAAUGAAUUGGCUACCACAUUUGUAAAAGCAUUUUAAUGGAAUCUAUAAAAUUAAUGAUUUAUGAGCACUUGAAAGCAAGACAUUUUGUCGAUUUUUUUUUCUUGAGCACUCCAAGGUCAAGGACACUGAACAAAUAAUUUUUUUUAUGGGUGGGCAAUAUAGCCAACUUGAUCCCCAUCCAUUUACCUUUUUUAAAAUAUAUACUUAUUGGGGUCUUGUAUCAAUAUUUUUAUGUCAUUUAAUGCUAUUUAUAAAGGCACUCAAAAAGCCCUGAAAAGCUCCAACACUACAGAAUGAUCUAUGCCACAGUUCGAGGGUUAAAAUAAUUCAAUAUAAAUGUUUUUAAAGUUUUUAAACAGAGAUAACCAGUUUAAUAUAAGUAAAAUGAUAGGGUAGUUCACUCAAGUCCUACUGUUGUUUGUGGUCACACUACAUCACAUUCAUCAUUCAUCAAUAUAAGCAAAAUGAUAGGGUAGUUCACUUCAGUCUUACUGUUGUUUAUGGUCACACUACAUCACAUUCACAAUUCAUUCAAUUCACCCCAAGUUUUUAUAGCGCUAUCUUUUUGUUAUCUCUGUUUCAUUAUUUUUUUUCCAGUGUAGUAUUUGAAGAAAUAUUUUAAAAAUGUUAUCACUGUACCUAAAUUUUGGUUUUAAGAAAUAUCUAAAGACCGAUUUUAGAAAUUCCCCACACAUUACAACCAUUUUUAUGUCUAAUUUUAGCACUGGCUUGAUUUGAGCAAGUCCUUGUCAUCUCAACUAAAAGGUGAGUUGACCCCUAAUGUCCAUAUCCUUAUUUUGUUUGUCAAAUACUAAUAACCUAGCUUUCCUGAUGAUUAAUUAAUUUUUAAGUGGAAAAAAUGCUAUUUUCAAAUCAGGUAGGAAUUAGGAAAGUUAUUGAAUGCUUUAGAAACUGAAAGUCAAUCAUCAGAGGUAUUUAUUUGAAUAAUAAUGAAACAAAUAUAAAACCUUUAUCUUUAUCAGGAUGUUCAGCACCACACAAGUUUUAUUUUGGUGUCAAGUUCUAUGCUGCUGACCCUUGUAAAUUGCAUGAGGAAAUAACAAGGUUAGUCUAAACAUAUUUUAAAUGGUGUUUAAGUUUACUUUUGUUGGAAGAAAAAUCUUUUAAAUGGUGUUUAAGUUUACUUUUGUUGGAAGAAAAAUCUUUUAAAUGGUGUUUAAGUUUACUUUUGUUGGAAGAAAAAUCUUUUAAAUGGUGUUUAAGUUCAUUUUUCUUGGUAGAAAAAUCAUUGCAAUGCCCAUACAUAAUUUUUAAUUAUCUUUCACAGUUAUUAAAAUUGAAAAAUGUACAUGCUUGAAGCUUCAAGAAAAUAACUAAACUCUGCAGUUGGGUUAAAUUAGAUAUUAAUAUAGAGAACUUUUACUUCAAAUAUUGGUACCUGUAAACCAUGUAUCUGUACAAGGACCUAUGAAGUUUUUGACUUAUUAUCCACACAUAUUUUUCAAUCAGCAGUGUGUUGCAAUGUGUUGUAAUGUUAUGUACUUAUUUUUCCAGAUACUUAUUCUUUCUGCAAGUCAAAAGGGACAUACUUCAAGGUCGUUUGCCUGUUUCCUUUGAUGAGGUUGCUGAACUUUGUGCCUACUCUGUUCAAUGUAAGUAAAACAUUAUGCAAAUUAAGUCAUUUCUUGUAAUAAAAUUAUAUUUAUAGGGAGUUCUUGAUCAUGGCUCAGAGAGAAAAAUAACUGAAUAUUUGCUCCAACAUCUUUAACCCUUUAAAUUAAUUACUGACUUUUUUUCAUGUUUCCAUUACAAACAAUAUUAAUUGAUUUUCAAGGAUCCUAGGUUUAUAUUUACUGUUUUGAACUAUUCAAGAAUAAAAAUGAUUUCCCCUUAGACAGUUGAUGAAAUAAAUCUUUAUCUUGGGACAAUUGGAUUCCACAAGUGAGGUACAUUGCAUACUAACAAAUGGGCAUGUGAAAUCUACUAGUUUGGCUGUGAAUGGGUUAAUAUUUUGAUUUGUUUAAUUUCUUUGUCUUUCUGUUUUAUAUCAUGGUAAAUUCAUUGGUUAAUUGUUAAAUACUUUUUACUUUGACAGCUGAGCUUGGUGACUUUGAUCCCAGGUCACACACUGUUGGAUAUGUGUCUGAGUUCAGUUUUGUGCCCAAUCAAACAGAAGAGUUGGAGGCAAGAAUAGCGAGUAUACAUCGGAGAUGUGUGUAAGUGCUCUCCCUUAGCCAGACUUUUUAAAAAAAAACAAAAAAACCAAGAACAAAUUUAGCAAAACUGAUUCUUGACUCGUUUUUCAAUGGUAGGAUGGUGUAAGUGAUGGUAUUCCUGUAAGAGUUUAUCCAUUGCUUCUCAGUAGUAUUUUCAUUUCUGUAUAUAUUAUACCUUCAUAAUUACAGAGGGGCAACUCCUGUCAUGGCAGAGCAGCGUUACCUUGAAAAGGUUAAAUGGCUGGAAAUGUAUGGUGUUGACUUACAUCCUGUACAGGUAACAAAGUAGAUCUGAAAUAUUCCUUUGGACUGAAAAAAUUUAUGUAAGAAAAGAAUUUUUAAAAACAUGUCCUACAAUUUCACUCAGACUUUUCUGCAGUAAAAGAAACAGCUCAUAAUAUGUGAUAGUUUUGUUUGAUUUAAAUAGGAUACUUUUUUUUUUUUUUUUAACCUUCCUUUCUUCAUAUUUUUUAUUUGCAGGGGGAGAGCAAUGUAGAAUACUUUCUAGGUCUAACACCAACAGGAGUUGUGGUUUAUAAACAAAAGACCAAAGUUGCUAGUUAUUUUUGGUAAUUCUGCUAUUUAUCAUAAAGCAGUAUUUCAAGAUUCUAACAUGUUUUUGGGUGGCUCUAGUGUAAUGUGUCAGAGCUCAGAUCUUAUAAGUCAAGUUGCAUUAAUAAAUAAUUGGUUCAUGAAGAAUCCACUAUAAGAAAUUAUAAGGUAUAUUCAACAAAAAUAAACUUUUAAAUUUUGAAUCUAAAAAAGGUGCAUUUAAAGUUUUUGAUCUUUUGACAGAGUAUUGGUGAUAAAAAAACCAGUAAUUUUUUAUUAUUUUUUGGGGGAGAAAAACAAUAUCAAUAAAGUGAUGGAGACAUUAAAAACAAUUCAUCAUUGAAAUAUUGGUGGAAAAAUUUUCAUUUUUUAAAAUAAUUUUUAAAAAUUCGUUCAAAUUUACCUUGCACAAGUUAAACAGCCGUAUGUUUUAACUUUCCAGGCCCCGGGUGACAAAAGCAAGUCAUAAAGGGAAAAUAUUUACAAUAAAAGUCAAGGAUAAAAAUGUAAGUUGAUAUAUUGCAGAAGUCUCAUUUAAAAAAAAAUGAAAUUUUGUUUUUAACUGAACAUAUUUUAAGUUGCAAAAUUAUUGUUUUACAUUUUUUUAUUCUGCAUUGGCUAAGAUCCAAGUGUGUUUGGUUUUUUGAAAUUUUUGUUUUAAAUUUUUGUUAACUUUGCAUGGGCUUCAGAAUUUGUUUCAAUGCAAGUCUUGGGUGUAAUUAAAAUCUCAUCUAGAACUGUCAUCCAGGAUAUUAACUUCAAAUAGAUGGGAAGAAACAAAAUCACUUGACCAUGGCAAAGUGUUUUAUGGCAAUCUCUUUUUAAAUUUUUUACUUGCUAUUAAAAUGUUAAAACCAACCAAGCAGACUUAAAAGACACUAAAGAUUUUUUUUAUGUAACAUGUAUACUUAAGCUUGAUAUAAUUGACGGGAUACAAGUAAAAAUUUUUUUAAGGCUCUAAAUUCAUGUAAAUGAAACAAGCAAAUAAAAUAAAAAACAUGAAAAAAAGCUUAGCAGCAAAAUGAUAAAAUAAUUUACCCUUUUUAAAAAUAGUAUUAAAAAAAUGUUGUCUUUACAAAAUUUUAAUUUUAUUUUAAUACUGUGCAGAUUUGACUCAGUUGUAUCUUUCUAUUAGCAUACAUAUACCAUACCAUAAACAUACAGUCUCAUCAUGAUUUACUCCUGUCCUAGAAAAUUGUAUCCCAUAAAACUAACUUAACACUUAUGUCUGUCUGUCAAAGUCACACACUGAAGUGGUUUGCUAAUGCUACAGUUCUUUCAGUGUUCCUCAUUUCUUCUGCUAGCUGUUUGUUUACUGCUUCUGUUCACACACUUGUGUGUGGCUUGAAAUGAGCAUGUUGUUUUUUGUUUCCUGUUGAUCUCUUUUAUAAACUGGCUUGAGUUCAUUGCCUCUGCCUGUUGUGUUUAGAACGAAGAGCACGUUUAUGCCUUUGAGUUGUCCACCAAGGCUGCAUGCAAGCACUUGUGGAAAUGUUGUGUAGAGCACCAUGCAUUUUUCAGGUAACUUUUACCAGACAGAAGUUUUUUUUAAUAUUUUUAUUUACAAUACAGUUGCUCCUGCUUUUUUAUGUUUUUUUUAAGAAAGAUUUGAACGAUUUUUCUUUUAAUUACACCUUUUUAUUUCUCUCAAGUUGCCAUUACAAGAUCAGUUUCAUAAAUUUUACAUUACUAUGAAAAUAACCAGGACGGUUAAUUAAAAAAAAAUAAUACAGCAAAGGACUGGCAGAUGAGUUGAAGGGGUUGAUUUAAUGAGUGAUAGGUAGAUAUGACAAACAGCAGGUAGAUGUGUACACAACAGGCAGCCAGUAACUGUUGCAGAUAGGAGGCAUAUAUAAAAGGUAGAAAUUUUAUAGGGGUAGAUAAGACAUCUAGCAGGAAGAUAUCACAAAUAGCAUGUAAAAAUAACAAAUAGGGUAUAACAUAUUGCAUGUAAACAGUGGGAGAUCUCGGCGCCUAGCAGUCACAGAAACAAGAUUGCGCCAACAGCCAAAUGUUCAAAGGUCACAGAGUCGUAGAAAACCUCGGAGAUCGAACUCAGACUCCAGACUUGCAGGUAAACACAUAACCGUUUGCAUUGGUAGGUCAAAUUAUUUGAAAAGAGGAUUAUUCAGGAAUUGAAUUUUUAUCAAAAGAAAGAGUGGGCCAUGAAAUGUCAUAAUAGUUGUUAAAUAAUGUCUGCAAACUUUAACAAAUGAAAAUUACAAUUUCCCUAAAUUGUUUUUUUAAAAAUAAUUUUUUUGUAGCCUGAGGAAUUCCUGUUUCAAUAUUUUAACAUUAAAUGUAUAACAUAGUAUAAAUCAAUAACAUUGGUAAUUAACUGAUGUCUAUUAAUGUAAUUAAUGUUUAGGAUUGUCAAUAAUGUUGAUUAAUUAAUAUAUUGUUAAUGAAAUUUAAUGUUUGCUCCCCUUCUUUUUGUCUACUAUGGAUUCAUUAGUAGAACAGAUGUACAAUGACCAGUAUGCUCAAAAAAGUCGUGGCUUGGUGACCGUCAUGGGUCAGCCUGAGCCAGUCAGGGCGUGAGUGUUUUUAUAUUGUUUUGUGCCUUUUUUUGUAUUUUUUUUGUUAUUUUGCAUGAGAGGCAUAAGUACAUAACUAUACACAUUUUUAUUUUAUUUAAAUUUUAAAAAAAAAUUCUUUUUAUUUAGUAAAGGAUUACAAAUUGCAUUAGAUAUGAAGAGCAUUUUUUAAAAAUUCUAUGAAAUUGGACAACAUAUCAGCUACAUUUAAAUAAUUAGAAUAACAUUAAUAAUGUAUUCUGGCAUUUUUUCUUUAUUUUAAGGUACAAUUUAAAUUUUUAAAAACUCUUGAUUAAUUUUUAAAAAUAUUUAUAAAAGUGUCACUAAUUGCAAAAUAUGUAAAGAGCUUUUCAACCUCAAUGAUUUAUAAUAUUCUUUAAAUAUGUGCAACUCAUAUGGCCUACAUAUAUGUUGUUCUUUUUUUUAAUUUGAUAGGCCUCGACACAGAUCACUUCCUGAAUUGCAAGGGAGACAAUCACCUAGAAGUGUCAAGUCUGCUCCAUGGGAAUCUAAAUUAGAUUAGUAAGUUGUCCAGUGGCUCUGAAGUUAAUUACUGAAAACUGGGAGAAUAUAUGUGCCAGUUUAACUUGCUUCCAUUUUGAAAUUCACCAUAGUUGAACAAAUAAACUGCUUGACAAGAUAUUAUCAUUUUGAAACAAAGUUUGUUAAUUUACGAUAAAACAUAUAUUUUAAUUUUAUUUAAAAUCAUUUCUGUGGAGCUCUUCCUUGACCUAACUGGUAUAGCUUUUUUAAGAUCAAGCUUUCGUUGGUUCUGAAACUGUUGUCCUACAAAAUUUAUCACCCUUGAUUGCAAUGUGUCAUUCCAGUGGACUCUACACCUCAGGCCAUGACUCCCCAUCUGGUUACGGUGAGAGAAAAGAUGGCAAGCAUCCAAGCUUUGUGUCAGGAAGUGACAGUGAAAGUGGCAUCAGUCAGAGAAAAAGGUGUGUUGUGUCAUUUUGAGACUGUUCCUGUUUUUAAACCCUUUUGUUUGGACGCCUGAGCUGUAAAUAUAUCCUGAUCAUUGGCACAUUGACCUUUCAAAAAAGGACACCAAUAAACUUUACAUGCACUGUAGAUAACAUAGGUCGCUUCCCUUUAAUGGUAUAAUAUAUUUGUAUGUGUAGAGAAUUUUUUACAACCCUGCAUUUUAUUUUAAGAUUUAGUUAUUCUGUUGAAAUAAUAAAGUUCAGUCCCCCCCCCCCCCCCCCCCCCCCCAAUGCUGGGUCAAGAAGGGGUACUGAGCAACAACAACAACAACAAAACUAUAAAUUCAGGGUUGCAAAAAGAUACUCUUCAAAACCUGGAAUAAGAAAUAAAAAUUUGAGUGGGUCUCAAAAAAUUACAGGGCCACAAAAAAAAAGAAGGGAAACACUGAUAUAGUAUAUACAUUGACUAAAGUGUCAUGAUAUAGUUUUUGUUAAUAUAGCCCUCUCCAUUAUUUUCAUAGAUAUUUCCCAAAUCGUAAAGGAUCUGAUAAUGAAAGUGAUGCUUCAGCUACCAGGAGAAGAAGGUCAGUAAUGCUCAGUUAAUGCAUAAAAUAAAAAUAAAUUACUUUAGAGUAAUCAAUAGCUGCAUUUAAGAAAAUAUAGACAACUAAUUUAUCCAGUUGACAGUUCUCUUUUGAUGUAUAGCCAUAAACAAUAGUAAGAAGAACCAGUGUUGUAACCAAUUUUUUUUAAAAUAAUUUAUUAUUUUGCACGACAAAUUUUAUUUUUUUUUGCAGACGAGACGUGGACAGUGACAGUGGCUCAGAAGUCUCAUUUCCCAACUCAGCCCAGAACUGGAAGAAGCGAAACACACAAAGUGAGAAGGGGACCAUUCAAAGAAAUGGCCACUUGUAAGUAUACAGCCGGGGUUGUGUCUUGGACAAUAUUUUUUAUGCCACGAGCCGCUACAGUCUGCGUGAUUAGAAAUUGUGGGGAGAAAAAUACUACUAAAAUAUUUCAUAGUUGAAGAAAAUAGUAUUGUACCUAGUGAUUAUUAAUUUAUUUUCAUAAUGUAGUCAGAUCUUGGUUAGACAGUCCAGCAUAAUUGAAUGAGUUUUUUUUUUCUUUUCUACUUUAAGUUUUUUGGCUAGAGCCGUAAUUGAUUCUGUUGACAAUUUAAUUAUAUACUAUUAAAUGUCAGGGGAUAGUGGACAGAGAUAUUAGCUUCAAAACUUCUACAAAGAUACAUUAAAUAAAGUAAAUAAUUGAAGCAAUUUAAAAAAAAAAUCUGGCUCAGUUUAAAUUAAGUUUAAAAUACUACUUUGCUUCAGAUUUAUGUUAGUAAUGGGAUAUUUCUUAAAUGUGGUGUAUUUCAGAUUAUAUCCUUUCCAUGACAAAGAGAACAUGUCCCACAGGUAAUCACUAUUCAAUCUUUUACAGAUUAAUUUUAAUAGCUUCCAGCAGCUUUUCAAAUAUGGAUGACUUAUUUCAUCUGUAAUAAAUGUGCUGUACAAUUUUUAAAAGUUUCAAACCCCCAUGUUGCUGUUAUUAUUCAAGUGUCAAAGUUACAUCUAAUUAUGCCCCUUGUUUCUUUUUUUUUCUGUAGCUCUAUUCCAUCCUUACAUUCGGCACCAGCUGGUGAAACUAAACAAAGAAGAAGGCGAAGGUAAUCCAUCAAAUAGUCAGGAGUUUUUAAAAUACUUAGUAAAAUUUGUGCCAACUUCCCAGACCAGAAGAGGAUUUUAGUUUGCGUGAAGUGUUGAUAUCCUCUUUCUGUUGCAUUGAUGAUGCAGAUGAAGUUUUGUAGGAUUUUUUAUUAAUACAAAUUGAUUAAAAUAGUUUAAGCACUACAAACGUUUAAAAAGUAAACAUUUGAAAUACAGUUGUAAAAUAUGUUGAAGAAGAACAUGAGUUAAAGCUUAGGACAAAGCCAUUGAUGCCCUUAGUAGUACCUGAUUAGGGUGCUGGGUGGCCAAGCGGCCUAAACUAAGCUUGUGGCCUGGAGUUCAGUCCCCAGCAAAAACCUAGACAAGGAAAAUUAACACCAGCAUUUGGUGGAUGGGACUCUUGGAUGACUCAUCUAAGAGAAGACAAACUCUGAAAUCAAACCCGGAGAUGGAGUCCCGUGGUAGGCUUUAUGACCUUGACACAUAAAUAUUCUGACAAGUCCUGUGAUGUGGAACGCAUAAAAAGCACAGUGAAACAUAAAAAAAAGCACUGCUGGUCAUUCACUGCAUCCUGGUAUAUUUCAAAUCAUCUUGACCAAGUUUUGUCAUUGGAUUAAACAGGCAAGGAUGAGAGAGUGAGACUUGGGAAUAGAGCAACUCUCUGUCACUUUAAACAAAGUACAGCUCAAGUCAAGGAUACUACUCAAGUCGAAGGAAAAAACAACAAUAAUGUAAUACCUGCCUGAAUGAAAGAUUAGAUAUGUUAUCCACUAGUGUUAUCGUAACAGUUGGGAUUAAUCAACAACAAAGAGAGGUGUGUUAUUUGUAAAUAUUCCAAUUUUCUUUUUGUGUGUAAGAUUGGAGUUUCUCUGUGUUUUUUUUUGUGUGUUAAUUUUUCUGUUUGGUCAAUAGCAAAGAAGGCUGCAACAAUGAAUUUAUAACUACAACUCAUUGGAUAUUUCUUUGAAAUAAUUUUGUUUUUUUCCCUUUAAAAUUUUGUUUGGCAGAAGGAGUAAGUCACCAGGCAAUCCUAAACGACCCCCUGAAGAACUUAAGCAGCAUAUUGAGUAAGUUACCAUUGUCAUACUGUUGGAAUGGGCAUCAAAAUCAACUCGACCAGACCUUAUUACUAAGCAUCAAUAAAAUAUCUUUACAUACUCUGAUCUUAAAACACAUUCUGAAAUUUAAAAAAAAUAAUAAUUUAAAACCUCUUUGAACAGGUUUGACCUUGUUGAUACAGAGGGCAUGACAGAGGACCAGUUGAGAGACAUUACAUACACCAAAGUGGAGUAAGUGGAUGCCAUCUUUACACUAAAAAGAAAAUGGUUUCCUAGUCAUAGUUCUUUUAUUGAAAUAAGAAGUACUAAAGUUUGAAUGAAAUCUCAAGGAAGGUCAAUCUUUCAGUUUUUAAUUGCUUUUCUUUAAAAAAAUUUAAAAUAGAUGAAUAAUUUAUAAAUAAUAAUAAAAUACCAGGCAUUAGCAGAAGUAACCUUUUUUUUUCUAAUAAUUUCAGGACCAAAGCUAAUUUAUUUAGGGUAAAAUAUUCACCAAAAGUCCGUCAAAAGAUCUGGGCAUCAAGAAGGAAAAGCUUUGGGUAAGACAUGAAACUUUUGCAACCUGUUGUUGAAUCAUGACUUGUUAAGCUUUGGGUUAGACAUGAAACAGUUGCAACCAGUUGUUGAAUCAUGACUUGUUCAGAGAAAUGGAGUUAAUUUUAUCAACUGUAUUCAGGAUAAUGAAUUUAGAGUAUCGUUAUUGCUUCAUACGUUGCAUCUCAUGUUUACUUGUUUACAUCCAUCUGUACAGAGACGCUGAUAAGAACUCAGGUCAGACACAGAAAACAGGCAGCAGUUCUACACUGUCCAGACAAGACAGCUAUUACACAGAUCCAUCAGGGAGAUAUGUACAGUAAGUAAUGUUUCUUAAUUGUUGUCCUUUUUUUCUUUUCUUUUUUUAACUGUUUGAGAUUUUUAAAAUGUUUUCUUCUAACAUCAGAAGUCAAAUAAAAGAAUAGGACAGUUUUAAUAAAUGAAAUUAAUGUUUUAAUAUAGAUCUAGCUUGUAUUAUGUUUUUAAACAUACAAAUUUAAUUUCGUAACUGAUGUAUUUUGUAUGAUUUAAUAAAACUCCUUCAGGUUUUUCUUUGUAAUCAGCACCCUUCAUUGAUUUUUUUCACAGUGGGAGCAGGAUUUCUGGAAGUCUAAGUCAAGGUCGCCUGGCAGGCGGCCAGGAAGCACCGCCACAGAGACCCCAGCCUAUGGAAGUCCAACCCCCCCUGGAGACUAUAACCCCAAGUCCACGCAGGGAACAGAACAGUGGCUACAAUUCAUCGAGGUCUUACUACAGCCCUGUGUACACGGAUCACAGGGACGCUGGGCCCUCGUACAGGGGCGGUGAUGGGGAGAAGAGAAACAACCGUACGCAGUCUGAUUAUGAACAUUAUCAGUCUGAUGGCCACCAGCCUGAUAGGUACAGGCAAAAUCAAAACAACAGGAAUAGGCUGAGCUACCACGAACAACCUCGAGCAACCAAGAGCGAUUACAGUCGACAAGAUGCGACCCAAGGGAACAAGAGAUUCAGUCAGGAUCCAACUAACCAGACUCAAUCAGAUUACAGCACACACAACAUCAGCACACAGGAGAACAACAGGUACCAACAGAAUGCUCCAGGUGACGGCAGGUAUAGGCCAAAUCCAUCAGAUGACAGUAGAUACAGGCAGAAGGCACCAGAUGAGGGUAGAUAUAGGCAAGGUAACCCUCAUGAUGACAGCAGGUAUAGUCAAGGUAACCCUCAUGAUGACAGCAGGUAUAGUCAAAAUGAUCCCAGCAGGCGUUUCCAAGCUGGGCAACCUCUACAGAGUACUGACCAUAUUGGUUUGGAAAAAGGACCUGCCACGUACAAUGCAUCCAACAGAGGCCCGUAUGAUUCUCCUGAUAAAUACAAAGUCUCCACUUUACCCCGAGCUCCCGUGCAACGGCCCCCUUCGUAUCCUGUGAGAGACAACUCUUUCACAGCAGGCCCAAGAGACUCCCAUUCUGCGAGGGACAACUCUUUCACCGCAGUAUCACGGGACUCCCAUCCUGCGAGGGACAACUCUUUUACUGCAGGAUCACGGGACUCUCAAACUCACACGCCGUCCCCUAGAUACAAUGAAAGUGUGGCUGGUGGCUCCAGUGGGAAUUCUACCCCUCCUAGAGGCAGUAUGAGGUUGGUCAGCUGUGUUUAAUUAGACAGUUAGUCUAAAUUCCAAAUACGGCAAAUGAAUUUUUUUUUGUUGAAAGAUACACUUGACAUCACAAUUACUCAGUGUAAAUUUUGGAACUUUUCUCUAUGGCUUAAGUGCGUCUUGAAAGAAAAUUUAUUUCAUUUUAAAAAAAAUGUUCAGGAAUCACUUUGGGUUAUCAAAACAAAGCUGUGAAGAUUUUUUUUAUUAUUGAACUACAAAUUAUUACAAUGCACUGAUUUAAAAUUGUAAAGGUGACUAAAGUAAUGUGAACAUUGCUGCUAGUUUACAUGGUCAGGCUUUCGUCAAGUAUUACAUAAGAAUAAUGAUUGAAACUCUUUAAAUGCAUGGGUGCAAUGUUUUUCAAAAAUCUUUUUAAGAAAAAACAUUUAUUAAGAUCAGGGCUCCCCUCCACCCAAAAAAAAAAAAAUUAGCAGAAAGUACAUUUUAUGUCACAUGAUGUAACCAAAUGUUUUAAAAUUUCAUGUUAACAUUAUUUGGUUUUUAGGCUCUCGUGUUUAAUUAGGAAAAAAACUUACUUACGCACUGAGAGAGAUAGAGCAACACUAUGUGGACUUUUACUUCAAAACUACCGCUAUAACAAAAUAUUUGUUAUGUCUUUUUUUUUUUUAUUAAUUUUUUUUAAUUUGCUAAAAAUGUUGUGAGAAAUAAUCUUAAUACAGAUUUUAUUGCCCCUGUUUUCUCAAAUUUAAUUUAUUGAUAACAAGAGUCUUUAGAUGGCUUUUCUCCCUUAACUGGUCUUUCAGAAGACUGAGCGUUCUGUUCGGGAUUCCAUUUAGAAAAUUCAAAAUCUUUUUUUCUAUUUCCAGACCAGGUAAUGACACAAGGUCCACUCCGCCCAGAUCUAACUCACACUAUUUUGAGGACAGAGGACUGCCUCAAGUGUCUUACUCAGGACAGUCGGGCUCCAGCAGUGGCUAUGGGGGCUCACAGAAUAGACAGAGCGGUAGCAGCAAUGCCUCGCCUCAUGAACAGCACCGGCUACGAAGUCCUUACACCAAUCAGGUAACUGCAUUAGUUUGUAUUAUCAAUCUCUUACACUUGAUAUCUUCCACUUCUACAGGAUUUACUUUUUUUUUAAAAAUAGGAAUACUGCACAAUCUUUAGGUAUUAAGUACAUUUUAUUGAGUACAAUCGUAUACAAAAAGAGGCAGUCUAUUUUAAUGGCUGCCAUCUUAAACAGUCAUAAGCCAUCUAUUUACCUGAUAUUUUAUCUUCUACUCAAGGAGAAAUCAUUAUUUAUCAUUAAUUUAAAAUACACAUGUAAUUUGCUGUUAUUUGUAGGCUCAGUUAGAGUAAUGUAGAGGAGAUGUUCUUAUCUUUGUUUUCUUUAUAAUUUGAAACUGAUGUUAUCAUUCGCUUGGUUACAGUAUGGGGACAGGCAGUCGGGUCAACCAAACAGAUAUGGGCAAAGCCCACGGGGACCUGCAAGCAUGGCUAACUCUGAACCCCCUGUGUCCAGGCAAGGUUAUGCAAGGUCGCAACAUCCAUCCAACUAUAGGUCAGACCUUGUCACGCAGCUCUGAAUCAACAAGUGCGGGAAAAAUAGAGCUGUGAGUUAUGAGCUAUUCACUGAUAUGACAAGCUGAAGGUCAGACCUAAACACAGUUGAAACUAGCUUUAGGCCAGACCUGGUUGCUGUAUUAACAAGCUUUACAGUGAUCACAUUUGUUACAAGCUCAUGGUCAGACCUGGUGCCUACUACAACAAGCUUAAGGUCAGACCUGGUUACAGUUGUAACAGCCUUGAGGUCAGGCAUGGUCACAACUGUGAUGGAAUCCAUUGACCAGGAUUCUAUAGAAUUUUUAAGAAGCUGAACUGUUAAUGAAAGCAAUAUCCUUGUUCACUGAAUGUUGACAUGCCCUGUGGUAAAGAAUUCUCUCUGGCCAAUGGAGUGACUAGAUGUAGAUCACGGCAUAGGUAUAGAAAACUUUGUUUCUUGAUAUUCUCUCCCUUCCAAAUGCGGGGAAAUUGUGAUUACCGCUUUAUAUUGUGCUUCCAGAAAAUAUUAUCUCCGCAUGAGUUUGUGAUGUAUUUAAAAAGAAAAUUUUAUGACUGUCUAAUUUUACUUGUAAAUAAUGUCAAACACAGAUUUAGUUUUUUUAUUUUAGCUUCUUAUUUUUAUUGUAAAUGUGGGGAAUUAUUCCCCUUCCUUGUAAUUGUUGAUAGAGAGAGCUGUCUCCCUCUAUUUAACACCCCAUUCCACUAUUUUAGUACAAUUUUGACUGCUGAUGUGAUAAGACCUACCAAGCGGGGCUGUAGUUUGUGUACUUAAUUUGAUGUGUUAUUUAUACAGGUGAUAUGAAAUCCACAGUUUGCGUUAUGCCAUUUUUAGACAAAGUCCCGUAGACGUGUGUUGGGAAUAAUAUGUCAACUUAUAAUGGUUACUGUCAGAAUCCAGGGUUUAUUAAUUAGCUCUCCGUGUUUUGAUGAGCUUAAAUCAAUGUAAUAAAAUCUGAUUUUUUAAAAAUAAUUCUUUAAUAUAAGUUAAUUCACCAUGGUUUCAGUGCUAGAUACCCCAGGAUUAUUUUCAUAAAGUUUUAACCAUCCAUAUUUUAUACCUACAUGUGGCAAGUGACCCUCCCCUUCGGCACCUCCCCCUCGGCACCUCCCCCCAACUUGCAAACAACUCUUGAUACUAUUCAAACAUUGACUUGACAUGUUCAGAAGGUGGUAUCUGUUCCACAUUCUUCUGCAGGGGCCAAACUGGUUUAAAAUUAGCUUUCAGUUUUUCCAACAAAUUUAUUUGGCUCAUCCCAUGUGGCAACUUAUAAAUGUUAUUGCAUAAAACUGCUGAGCUGUUAGUGUUCUGCAGGGUAUUGUUUACUGUGAGUGUAUGUGUCAUGUCAUCAUCAUAGACAUACAUAUAUGCAUAUAUUUAUAUCAUUUAAUGUGAGCUUGUCACACUGUUUGUAAAAUAAUUUUUAAAUAAAAUUUAUAAUCAAAUUACCUUUUAAAUCAAAUACUCUUUAAACCUGAUAUAGAGAUAUUGUGUUAAAAACUGAUUUUUGCACCAUUCUACCUGACUGCUGUUUUGUUUAGGGCUUAGUGAUGCUGGCAAGCAAAUUUUGUCCUCUGUCAGCUGCACAUUGUAAAAGCAUUUCGUUAAGAGGGAGGAAGAAGUUUGAAUUUCAAAUCAUUUGAUUCAUGAAGUUGAACUAUCUCUAUUCUGUCAUGGAAAACUAAUUUUCAGUUACACAGAAUUCAAUUCUUGUACAUUUGAAAUAUGUCUUAAUAUAUUCAGAUGCUUACGUAGACCACCUCAAUGUACUGAUAUUUCCUCUAAGUCUGAAAGAUUAAGUUUUUUUAAGAGAAAUAUUCCAUUGCUUAUAGAAUAAAAGUCACAUAAAAUCUUAAUUACCCUUUACAAGUCCUCAACUCACAAAUUGUUAAAAGUCCCAAAGUGUUAAAAUUUAUUUACCAUGUUUCCCAUUAAUAUUUUACUCAAAAUCAACUGUCUGCUAAUAUUUUUUUCUUCGUGAAUUCAUGCAGCCUGGCAUUUCAAGUCUUUCCCCAUAGAUUUCAAUCUGGAUUUAAAGUUGUUUAGUGUCAUAGAUAUACAGAUCAUGUUAUAAAUUGACAAUUUUCAUUAAAUUUAUUUGCUGGCAUCUAUUUAUUUACUUUAUUUACAGUUGUUGUCAUAUAUAUUCAUAUAUAUAUUAACAUUUCUGUCACUUACAACACCUUUUGAGUCCCAUCUACUAUUAUACAUUUGAUUAUGAACUGACUUUAAAUAUAAUUGUUUACAUGCAAACAAUAAAUGUAUGAAGCCAACGACCAUUUAAAUAAAAUGUAUGUAAAGUAUUAUACCAUGCAUAUAACUGCCUAUUUAAUCUCGAGGUGACCAAUGUCUGGUCUGUCGUGUUUGCCAAAUAGAUAUAUUUUUUUUUAAACUGGUAGAUAUUACUCAGUAAUUAAUUCAUGGUAAAUCAAAUACAUUUGUUCAAAGGUUCUCAAAUCCUGUCCACUUUUGACCUGCAGGAGCAACCCCAAAACUAACUUGAUUAUUAAACGAUAAAUCUAUCAGCUUACUGUAGAUCUUUAAAAUGCAUUGACCUUUUCUCCAUCUCCACUCCUUGUAAUCUUCAUCAUGUACUUUGCAGUUCAUGUCCAAUAAACUUUCUCUCAAGUCUUAAACUUUUCCUCCACUCGACCGCCUGUGUUGGUCUUCCAUGAUCUUAACUCCGUCCGGCAACUGUUUCAUUCCAACAAAAUCUACUUUGUAACCCCCCUCCCCCACACCACACUCACAUUAUUUCCCCCCUUUGGCAUCUGUUUUGUUCUGUCUCCAUUGUUACACUUAAC